UGUAUUUUCAAUUACGUAAAUUACAAAUUUAAUUGUUUUAUAAUAUUUCAUCAACAAUUUUAAAUUAAUUUAUAUGUUAAAAAUUAUUUAACAUAUCAAAUAAACAAGUAGUGACAUCCAGUGACAUGGAGUGCAAUGCAUUGACACAUAUUUACAACAUGCUUACGUACACACACAACUACAUAGACAAUUUCUAAAUAGAAAAAAAAAAAAAAUGGGAUCAACAUAAAAAUAAUCCAACUUGAAUGGAUUCAUAAUUAACAAUUAUAUAUUAACGAUAGUUUUGUUCAUCAUUGAUUGAUGAAUUGUGUAACCAAGCCAACACAGUUGCUUCAAUCUGGCAUUUUCUAUAAACCAGUUUAAAAAAUAUUCAAGAAAAUGCUAAUAAGCACUGUGUCAUACUUUGUAAACAAAGAAUAAUAUAAUAUUCGAGAGCCUGUCCAUGAGCACAGGUCAAUGAUUUAGCCAGUUGAAUAAUCACCUUCAAGAAAACAAGAUCUCUAAAAAAAUCGGCAAUACAAUUUUAGCUGUAUAAAAAUAAAAAGAAAAAUUAAUAACAAUGGGUGAUUAUGGUGAAUUUGUUGAUUUGCUGGUGGACAGACGAAAGGGUUCUGAUUUUUUAUGGGCAUCAAGACAAAUGAAUCCAGUGGCAUCACAUCGUUUACCACCAGAGCUUAAUUACAACAGAAAUCAAGCAAUUGAAGCUACUUUGUCAAAUCCAAAAGUAUUGCUGACAAUUAAAACACUUGCUGCUGUUAAAAAUAUUGAUAAAAAUGAUGUUCUAAAAGAAGCCAGAGAAAUGCUUGAAGAAAUGGCUAGUAAAGCUCAUUUACCAACUGUUCGUUGGAUUGGUUUAUUAACAGUUAAAGUUUUAAAACGUAUUCUCAUGAGUUUUCGUGUUAAUCAAAAUUAUCUUUUAUCAAUACGUGAUAAAAUGAAAAAUUCAGAUAUUCAAUAUGUCUAUGUACCAUCUCAUCGUAGCUAUCUUGAUUUUGUUUUGAUGUCAUAUAUAUUAUUUAGCUAUGACAUGUGCCUGCCAAAUAUUGCAAGUGGCAUGGACUUUUAUAGAAUGCAAGUUGUUGGUGAAUUAUUACGUAAAACUGGAGCAUUUUAUAUGCGUAGAACAUUUUCAACUGAUCAAUUGUACAAAGAAUUAUUUAAAGCAUAUGUUGCAUCUCUUGUUGAACACAGUGAUAGAGCCAUUGAAUUUUUUAUUGAAGGAACAAGAAGUAGAAGUCAAAAAAGUAUUACUCCAAAAUAUGGUUUAUUGGCAAUGAUUUUGGAUGCAGUAUUUCAAGGCCAUGUACCAGACAUACAUUUUGUACCAAUAAGCAUCAGCUAUGAUCGUGUUCUAGAGGAAUCUUUGUUUACUCAUGAACUAAUUGGUAUUCCAAAACCACCAGAAACAACAACUGGCCUUUUUCGAUCAUUGUCAUUUCUUCGUGAUCAAGGAGCACAUGGUCAUAUACAUUUUAACAUUUCAAAACCAAUAUCAGCACGUCAAUUUAUGAGUCCAUCAAUUCGUAAAAUGAGUGCAUUAUCACCAACUGAAAAAUUACCAACAAAUGCUGUUAAACAACUUGCCUAUGAAAUAAUUGAAAGCCACAAAAAAAAUACUGUUUUUAUGCCAUUUAAUUUAAUUGCUGUUUUGUACAAUGAUCGAGUUCAUUCAUGUCCAAAUAAGCCAUAUACAUUUGAGAGUUUAUUGACUGAUUAUUGCUGGCUUAAAAAUAUCAUGAAAGUAUCAUUUGGUGCAAUCGUUUGUUCAAAUGUUACAAAUAAUUCAAGCAUAUCAGAUAAAGAUGACAUAUGUGAAUCAUUAAAAAUACACAAAAAUUUAUUAACAUUUGAUAAUAAUGAUAAUUGUAUUGUUUUGCAAAGUACAUAUCGUGACAUGAAAACAGUUAAACGUCAUAAUGUUAAAGGUCAUAAUUUGGAUGAAAGAACAAUGAGAAUAUCCGUGUCGGCAAUUAACCUCAGCAUUUAUGUUAAUCCAACAAUGGCAGUUUUUACUAAACCAUCUAUUGCUGCGAUAUCAAUAACAACGUCUGGUCAAUCUUAUGAAACUGCUCAAAAACAAUAUAUUCAACUACGUAAAUUAUUGAGUUGUGAAUUUGCUUUGCCAUGUGAUGAUGAUUACAAGACAAUUGUCAAUGAAUGGGAAAAAGAAAUUAAAUUUUUAAUAAACGAACAGUGUUUUUAUUUUGAUAAAAAUAAUCAAAUAUAUUAUGGAAAUAAUAACAAAUUACGAUUGUUACUUUGUAAUUUAAUAUCACCAUUUGUUUCUGGUGUUUAUGUGACAGCAUCUGUUCUUAUUCAGUGGGACAAUGAAACAAUGGAUGAACCAGUUGAAAAAAAAAUCCUAAAAGAAUGCCAAAAAUAUGCUGAGUGGAAUUUGUUUCAAGAUGAUUCACUUGUUCGUCAUCCUUACACAUUGUCACUUGAUAUUUAUACCUCAUCACUAGUCAGUUUAUCAGCUCUUGGUGCAAUAUCAUCAUCAUCAUCAGAAAAACCUCCAGUAUACACUGUUAAUGAAGAAAAUUUAUCACAAAUUAUCAAUGAUCUUAAAGUUAUUUUAUCAUCAAAUCAACAACUAGGAUCUUUUUUGGAAAUAAUACCUAAAUUAAAUCAACAAGAAAAUACGCUUCAAGCUAAACUGUGAAUAUUAAUAUUCAUUAACAAUACAUAACUAGUUAGAUAAUAAUAUUUUUUAACAAUAGACAGUAUUAUUAUGAUACAUUUGUUUUUGGAUAAUAAAACAGCAACAAACCUGAGUUACCAUUCAUAAUUAUAUCUUGAAAUUCAUUAUAAAUCAUUUUAAAAUUAUCAUUAGAUAUUCAUUUUAAUAUUCAACUAAUAUUUUGUUGUUUAUUUAUUCUUUUUACUGUUUUUUUUUUUAUUUUAUUAUAGAUGUUAUCAAGGUUGUUAUCAAAAGUUCACUGGAGUCAUUUACAUACACUGUGUUAUUUGUGCACUACUUAUUAUUGUGUUCGGAAUAUUAGUCAAAGGAAUUGACAAUAUUUGGAACAGACAAUAGCCACAAGAAAAAAAAAUAUAAAUUACAUAUUAUUGGAUUAAUAAUAACAAUUGUUUUGUUUAUGAUAUGUAAUAUAUAAAAAAAUAAUAUUUUAAAUAAAUAUUACCAUCA